AUGACCGCCACACCAACUCCUACAAAUUCUGUAUGCUCUUCCGAGGACGAAGAGACCAAAAUUACUCCUUCUACUACUACCAAUACCCCCAAGGGUACUAUUUUUCUUAGUACAAAAUCUUCAGACCUUAUUGAGCAUGAAGUCUUUGAUCAGCUAUUAGAAAUGGACGAUGACGACGAUGAUUUUUCAAAGUCCAUAGUAUUGAAUUACUUUGCCCAGGCUGAAUCUACUUUUGGUGAUAUGGAUAAAGCUUUGAAAUCAAAGGACCUCAAUAAGUUGUCUCAACUUGGUCAUUUCUUAAAGGGUAGUUCAGCAGCAAUUGGUCUAACAAAAGUAAAAGAAUCAUGUGAGAAAAUACAACAUUAUGGCAAUCUAAAAGAAGAAACAGGAACAAUAAGCAUCUCUGAAGAAUUAGCAUUGCGGAAAAUUGAACCUUUAUUGAAAGGC